AUGGCUUCGUCGGUUCUUCCGGUUGCCCUGCAGAAUAAACUGCUUGGCUACCGCCGAACUCCUAACGCGCAGUUGGCCGCCCUGAACUUGGACCUCCUUCGAAACAUUGUCUUUAUUCUUUUUAUCUUCCGCUGGGUCCGCAAGGCGUUCUACGCUGUUCGUGGUUAUGGUAUCUUCGGUAGCAUUCGCAACGUUUACGCCGCCGUCCGUCUCUUCCUCUACUCCGUCUUCCUCCGAAUCCCCGGUGUCCGCGGACAGGUGGACAAGCAGGUCUCGACCGCGAUUGAGAAUCUCGAGACGAAACUCGUGCCGACCGGUCCUGGUGUUACGAGAUACUUGGAGCUCCCCAAGGAAGGAUGGACACCCGAGCAGAUCCGCGCCGAGCUUGAAAAGCUGGUGAACAUGGAGCAUACCCGAUGGGAAGACGGUCGCGUCAGCGGUGCCGUGUAUCAUGGUGGAUCGGACCUCCUGAAGCUUCAGACCGAGGCUUUUGGAAAAUUUGGCGUGGCGAACCCUAUUCAUCCGGAUGUUUUCCCUGGUGUUCGCAAGAUGGAGGCCGAAGUCGUGGCCAUGGUUCUUGCUCUAUUCAACGGACCCUCGGACGGCGCUGGUGUGACUACUAGUGGCGGUACUGAAUCUAUCCUGAUGGCCUGUUUGGGGGCUCGUAACAAGGCGUAUGCGGAACGCGGUGUGACCGAACCCGAAAUGAUCAUCCCCGAUACUGCUCACGCUGCCUUCAUCAAGGCCUCGAACUACUUCGGAAUCAAGCUGCACCGCGUGCCCUGCCCGGCUCCGGAGUAUAAGGUCCACAUUCCCUCUGUUCGUCGGUUGAUCAACUCCAACACCGUUCUCCUGGUCGGAUCCGCGCCGAAUUUCCCCCAUGGAAUCAUCGAUGACAUCCCUGCUUUGUCGCGACUGGCUACCACCUACAAGAUCCCUCUUCACGUGGAUUGCUGCCUGGGUUCUUUUGUUAUUGCAUUCCUUAAGAAGGCUGGAUUCCCGUCGCCCUAUGAAGAGGAAGGUGGAUUCGACUUCCGUCUUCCUGGUGUGACUAGUAUCAGUGUCGACACCCACAAGUACGGAUUCGCUCCCAAGGGCAACUCCGUGGUGCUGUAUCGGAACAGGGUCUACCGUAGCCACCAGUACUUCAUCUACCCCGAUUGGUCGGGUGGCGUUUACGCAUCUCCAUCCGUGGCCGGGUCCCGUCCUGGUGCGCUGAUCGCGGGCUGCUGGACCAGUCUGAUGAAUGUUGGUGAGACCGGAUACAUCAACAGCUGCUUGGAGAUCGUUGGCGCCGCCAAGAAGUUUGAGAGCACCAUCAAGGAGCACCCUCUUCUCUCCAAGAACCUUGAAAUCGUCGGCAAGCCCAUGGUUAGCGUCGUGGCUUUCACAAGCAAAAAUGGCGGCGUGGACGUCUAUGACAUGGCUGACGCGUUGUCCUCGAAGGGGUGGCAUCUCAACGCCCUCCAGUCCCCUGCCGCUAUCCACGUAGCGUUCACCAUUCCCACCGCGUCUGCAAUCGAUAAGUUGACCACGGACCUUAUCGAGGUCGUGGAGAAGGAGCUAGACAAGGCUGAGGAGCGGAAGAGGCAGGGCAAGUCCUAUGUCAUCAAGCGUGGUGACACGGCGGCCCUUUACGGUGUAGCCGGUAGCAUGCCGGAUAAGAGUAUCGUGAGCCGUCUGGCAGAAGGCUUCCUUGACACUCUAUACAAAGCAUAG